GAACCUUAUAUAAUUCGAAAACACGACCACCCUUCAUAACGGGGCAGCGAUAGUUGUAACUUACAACUUGUAUGGAGUGCACUCUCUGCCUCUCUCGUAGACUCCAUCUCUCUCUUCUUCAUCCAAACCCACAAUUUCAGGGUGAGAGAAUCUGAGCUGGGAUUGGGUUCUGAAGUGCUAAUUGGGAUUCGGGUGGAAACAAGUUGCUUUGAAAAAAAAAAAAAAUGCUUACGAGUCUUAACGGGUUCCAACGGAUAACCAGCAAACCCGCCGGGUUUAGCCCGCGAAACCCGUUAAGCUAACGGGCUGUUACCGGGUCGACCAGUUAAGAACCCGCACGUUGCCAGGCCUCUUGUAAGCACUCACUCUCCAGAAUUGACAGUGUUGUCUACUUAUUCUCUCCGACUACUUGUCCGGCUUUCAGGUUCAGAUUUUGUUCUGGGUCUACCUCAAUUUAGUGAGUUCUCCAAAAUCAAGCUUUGCUGUAAGCCCUUCUUGCAGGUCUCAGUAUAAUACCAAUGGCUGCUUCUGUGACUGGAACAGCACAUGAAGAUGCUGCAAUUAGAGGGGGAGAUAAGCUUGUACUAAGGGGUUUGAAGUUCCAUGGUUUCCAUGGGGUGAAGCCAGAAGAAAGGAAGUUGGGUCAGAAGUUUCUGAUAGAUGUUGAUGCUUGGAUGGAUCUUCGGGUGGCCGGAAGAUCUGAUCAGUUGUCAGACACCAUUAGCUACACCGAAAUUUAUCGCAUUGUAAAAGAGGUUGUAGAAGGGCCACCUCAUAAUCUUCUGGAGUCUGUUGCUGAACUCAUUGCAUCUACCACUCUGAAAAACUAUCCCCAGAUAUCUGCUGUCUCUGUGAAAGUUGGAAAGCCUCACGUUGCUGUUCAUGGUCCUCUUGAUUACUUGGGCGUUGAGAUAUUUAGAUACAGAAGUAUUGAUGCACCGAACUAAAGAUUUUAUCAUUUAAUCUAUGUCCACAUGAUAGCCUGAAACAGGUUUGCUUUGCGUGUUUAUUUUUAUUUAUUUUUGUUCCUUUCAAACACUUGGUGGGGAUUCUUGUUCUAUUGUUUGAACCAGAGCACAGGUGACUGUAGUUCCUUCUCACGCUUAUGCUUAUUUAUUGAAUUAUUAUUAUUUUUUUUUAAUUUAUGAUUUAUGAUAUGUGAUUCAUUUCUUUUAC